AUGAGCUCUACUAGUAACAAGAAAGAGGAGAUCGAUGAAAGUUUAUACUCCCGUCAACUUUACGUAUUGGGUAAAGAAGCUAUGUUAAAAAUGCAAAAUUCAAAUGUUUUGAUCAUUGGUUUAAAAGGAUUAGGCGUUGAAAUUGCAAAGAAUGUAGCUUUAGCUGGGGUCAAGUCUUUAUCUUUGUAUGAUCCUGAAAAAUGUACUUUGCAAGACUUGUCUAGUCAGUUUUUUUUACAUCAAAAUGACUUGGGUGAAAGAAGAGAUGUUGCAACUAGUAGCAAAUUAGCUGAAUUAAACUCUUAUGUUCCAGUCAAAAUCGAAUGUAAUAUUUCUGAUUUUGAAAAUUUAGCCAAGUAUCAAGUUAUUGUGGUUACUGAUUUGUUGUCUUUGGAUGAAAAAGUGGCUCUUGAUGAUUUCUGUCAUUUGCACAAUAUUAACUUUAUAUCAACAGAAACUAAAGGGUUAUUCGGUAGCGUUUUCAUAGACUUUGGUAAAGAAUUUACUGUAUUUGACGUUAAUGGCGAAGAACCCCAAGUUGGCAUGAUCAGCGAUAUUGAAAAAGAUGGCGUUGUAACCACUUUAGAUGGUUCCAGACAUAAUUUAGAAGAUGGCGACUACGUUAAAUUUUCUGAAGUUGAAGGUUUAAAUCAUUUCAAUUAUGACCAAACCAGUAACACAAUUUAUAAAAUCCAAGUAUUGGGCCCAUUUGCAUUUAAAUUAGUCGAUGUGAAACUGGAUGGAACUUAUGUUAGUGGUGGUAUUUUUACUCAGGUUAAAAUGCCAACUAAAUUAUCAUUUAAACCAUUGAAAGAAGCUUUAAAAGAACCAGAGUUUGUAUAUUCAGAUUUUUCCAAGUUUGCUACGCCUUCACAAUUACAUUUGGGGUUUCAAGCCUUGGAUAUUUUUAAGACUAACCACAUAAAUGGUGAAUUACCAAGACCAAUGAAUGAUGAAGAUGCUAAAAAAGUGUUAGAAAUUGUUUCGAAAUUGAACCCAGACGAAGAAAUAAAUGAAAAACUGAUCAAGGAACUAUCUUAUCAAGCUAGAGGUGACAUUCCAAGUGUUAACGCUUUUAUUGGUGGGUUAGUUGCUCAAGAAGUUCUAAAGGCCUGUUCUGGCAAGUUUACGCCAAUCAAACAAUUCAUGUAUUUCGACUCUUUGGAAUCUUUGCCCGAGCAGAAAGAAAAAUAUCCAAGAACAGAGGAGACUACAAAACCAUUGAACACUCGUUAUGACAACCAAAUUGCCGUUUUUGGUGUUGAUUUUCAAAGGGCUAUUGCAAACUUAAAAGUUUUCUUAGUCGGUGCAGGUGCCAUUGGAUGUGAAAUGCUGAAAAAUUGGGCAUUGAUUGGUUUAGGUUCUGGUCCAAAUGGUAGUAUCUUUAUUACUGACAAUGACUCCAUCGAAAAAUCAAAUUUGAAUCGUCAAUUUUUAUUCAGACCAAAGGAUGUUGGAAAAAAUAAGUCGGAAGUCGCUUCUCAUGCUGUCUCCGUUAUGAACCCAGAUUUAAAGGGUAAAAUUCAAACCAGCAUAGAAAAAGUUGGUGCUGACACUGAAAAUAUUUUUGAUGAUGAUUUCUGGCAAAACUUAGACUUUGUUACUAAUGCCUUGGAUAAUGUUGAGGCUCGUUCAUAUGUCGAUCGUAGGUGUGUUUUUUUUAAGAAGCCUUUACUAGAAUCCGGUACUUUGGGUACUAAGGGUAACACACAAGUUAUUAUUCCCAAUUUAACGGAAUCGUACUCUUCCUCUAGAGAUCCACCGGAAAAAUCUAUUCCAUUGUGUACUUUGCGUUCAUUCCCAAACAAAAUUGAUCACACAAUUGCUUGGGCUAAAUCAUUAUUUCAAGGCUAUUUCACUGAGGCACCCGAAAAUGUUAAUAUGUAUUUAUCUGAGCCUGACUUUGUUGAAAAUACAUUAAGACAAGCCGGCGAUGUAAAGGGCAUUUUAGAAUCUAUUGUUGAAUCCUUGGGUAAUAGACCUUACAAUUUCGAAGAUUGUAUUAAAUGGGCUAGAUUAGAAUUUGAAAAAAAGUUUAAUCACGAUAUUCAACAAUUAUUGUAUAAUUUCCCUAAAGAUGCUAAAACAUCAACUGGUGCUCCAUUUUGGUCUGGUGCAAAGAGAGCACCCACUCCAUUAAUAUUUGAUAUUAAUAAUCCUGAUCACUUUCAUUUUAUUGUCGCUGGUGCUAAUUUAAGAUCGUUCAACUACGGCUUAAAUGGUGACAGUGGAUUACCGAACGUUGAGUUUUAUAAAUCAGUUAUUGAUAAACUGGAUAUUCCUGCUUUUACCCCAAAGAAAAAUGUUAAAAUACAAGCAAGUGAUGAUGACCCAGUUGAAAACAAUACUGAUGAUAGAGAUGAAUUGGAUGUUCUAAUACAACAAUUGCCCGAUCCAAAAUCUUUAUCAGGUUUCAAAUUGACACCAGUUGAAUUUGAAAAAGACGACGAUACAAAUCAUCAUAUUGAAUUCAUCACCGCUGCCUCCAAUGACAGAGCUUUAAAUUACAAUAUUGAAACUGCUGAUCGUCAAAAGACAAAGUUUAUAGCUGGUCGUAUUAUCCCAGCUAUUGCUACCACAACUGCUUUGGUUGCUGGGCUAGUUGUUCUGGAAUUAUACAAAAUUGUCGACCAAAGAACUGACAUUGAAAGCUAUAAAAAUGGGUUUGUUAAUUUGGCAUUACCAUUUUUUGGGUUUUCAGAGCCAAUUAAGUCACCAAAGGCUAAGUAUAACAAUACAGAAUAUGAUAAAAUUUGGGAUAGAUUUGAUAUUAAAGGUGAUGUUACUUUGAAGCAACUUCUUGAUUAUUUUGAAGAAAAACACGGGUUAACUAUUAGUAUGUUAUCCUAUGGUGUUUCUUUAUUGUAUGCUUCAUUUUUCCCACCCAAGAAAUUGAAAGAUAGAAUGAAUUUACCUAUAACUCAAGUAGUUAAGUUAGUUACCAAAAAAGAAGUUCCUUCGCAUACAAGGACUAUGCUACUAGAAAUUUGUUGUGAUGAUAAAAAGGGUGAGGACGUAGAAGUUCCAUAUAUUACAGUUCAUUUAUAG